AGUAAGUUAACUUGUUUCCAACCAGGCUACAAGUUAUAUAGUUUAUAUAAGUAUGGACAAACUGCUAGCCUGCCGUUUUCGGCACCCGGACGCUGCCGUACGGCUGGUGUGUUUCCCCUGGGCAGGUGGAGGGUCCGGGUACUACAACAACUGGGGAAAACUCAUGCCCAACACUGUGGAAGUGUGCUCACUCCGCCUCCCGGGAAGAGAAAUGCGACUAAAGGAGGCGUGUCACAAAAACAUGGAGGCUCUCACUAACGACAUCUCAUCAACUCUGCUGCCGAAACUUAAGGAAAAACCUUUCGCUUUCUUUGGACACAGGUAAAUUUUGUAUCACUCACUCACUCACUCACUCACUCACUCACUCACUCACUCACUCACUCACUCACUCACUCACUCACUCACUCACUCACUCACUCCUCUAAGAUACCAGAAGGACAGAAAGCCUGUGUCAGAGAUGUCUGAGGAAGCUUUUCUUGACUACAUCAGGUUGAUAGGAGGAACACCUGAGGAGAUACUGCAGAACAAGGGGAUGAUGAAACUCUUCCUGCCCCCACUCAGGGCAGACCUGGAACUACUGGACUUAUACAGUUACCACAUCCCAGAUUCAGGCCCGGAGCUCAGCUGUCCUAUCUCAUGUUUUGAUGGAACUGAAGACAGAGACCAUGAUCUGGACGCAUGGGGAGACCUUACAAGUCACAGCGCUUUUCAGAAAACUAAACUUCCUGGUGGCCAUUUUUAUCUUCUUGACAAGAAUAAUGAACAAACUCUACUCAAACAUAUCCUACAUGUUCUUGAAAACCUUUGAUUAAAUUUUCUAGUUCAUAAUAGAUCUAUAAUUAUAAAAUAUGUACAUAUGUAUUAUGUAUA